ACCGCGCCGGAAGUGUUCCCGGCGGAAGUUUCGGCGCGCGAUAUAGCGGAAGUGCCUCCUCUUCCGGUCUCUUUGGUCCCCGCCGUAGAAGCGCGAUGACGAAGGGGACGUCGUCGUUCGGGAAGCGUCGCAACAAGACGCACACGUUGUGCCGCCGCUGCGGCUCCAAGGCCUACCACCUGCAGAAGUCCACCUGCGGCAAGUGCGGCUACCCCGCCAAGCGCAAGAGGAAGUAUAACUGGAGUGCUAAGGCCAAGAGGAGGAACACCACCGGCACGGGUCGCAUGAGGCACCUGAAAAUUGUAUACCGCAGAUUCAGGCAUGGAUUCCGUGAGGGAACAACGCCCAAACCCAAGAGAGCAGCUGUUGCAGCAUCCAGUUCAUCUUAAGGAUUUCAUCAAUUAGUAUGAAUAAAUGUUCUGGUUUUAAAAAAAA